AUAUACACACACAAACAUGUACACACACGCACAGAGACACAUGUACACACACACACAUACAGACACAUGUACACACAGACACAUGUACAUACAUACAUAGACACAUGUACACACACACAUACAUGUAAAUACACGCAGACACAUGUACAAAUACACACAUGUACAUACACACAGACACAUGUACAAUUGUCCAUGCGUACACAGAAACACACAUGUACACGUACACACACCCCUCCCCCCCAUAAAAAGUUGCAGUACUUCGUUGUUCACUCACAGAUCCGGGUACUGCACUCUAGGGGGAGGCAGAGAGCACAGCAUGCACUCCUUGCUUUGCUUUCAGUGCGCUCAGCUAUUGAGCAGUCUGAUGGCUCCCAGCGCCAAUGACAGAUCCAGCCUGAACUCCGAGCCUGCUCAGCAAGACGGCCCUGGGGGACACACUCGCCCCCACCAUAAUUUCCACUCGACAUUGGCGAGCAGGCGGGUGGAAAUUUCAAGCCCUGGUUUA